GUACAAAAUUGAUGGAAUGAUGAAAUCAUACAACCAAGUGAUGUGACCGUGACAAAACGUUGUCAAUUUCAAGAGUAGUUGGGGUCGAUUUUUAUAUUUAUACCCUUGUUUGUCUGCAUAAAUAUCAACGGCUAAAUGGUGACGCACAAAAAAUAAAAAUAAAAAUUUACACUAAUACACUUUUUUAAAAUUUUAUUUCAUUUGAUCAUUUGACUUUCUUUGAAUCACCUCUAUUAAAUUUAACAUCGAACUUUUCAACAUUUGCACGAUAACAUCUUUGCUUAAUUUUUUUUUUAAAAAAAAUGAUGCAGAAAAUACUUAUCCAUAUUUGAUUUUUUGAAUUAAAUGAUUAAAUCAAUGAACUUGUCUUUUGGGGCACAUGUGAAACUGCGGAACAACUGGAUAUUCACAGGACACAUAGGAUAGGACUGUUGAUAUCAUAAGCAAAUUCGAGGAAGACAGCUCUCACAUUAUUAUAACCAAACCUGGGAAACCCAAUUUCACAAAACCGCGUUAUAAAGUAUAUAACCUUUUUACAAAAUCAUAUAGAUUGUGUGAAUUUAUUUUACAUUGUGUUUUCUCUCUGUUUUUGUGUUGUUAAUCGACUGAUUUAUCGGUUUUGUUUCUUUGGUUGGGCAAUAAUAACGCGAUUUCCCUUUGCAUUUCAAUUUUUGGCUGUGUGAUUUCCAUCUUUUGCGGUUUCAGUCCAAGGUACAUUUCUAUCCAUUCUCCUUUCUUUGUCUUUCAUUUAAUCUGUAUUGCAACCAAUGUAAGAAUUCUCUGAUCUCGCCUGUCGCUACCUUUGAUUGGCGUGAUCAGAGAAUAACGCAUAAAUAAACUGCAUUUUUGUAGAAGAAAUUAUGUUUUCUUCUUCUAUCCAUCUAAAUAUACAUGUAAAGUUACUAUCUUUAUUGAGAAAUUCCUAAUCUUUUUGUGAAUAUUAUCAUAUGGGUUUUGCUUUUUACGGUUGAAUUUGGAGGAUUUAUCGUAUAUUGGUUGAUUUUGUAUCCUAGGAGUUUUUGUUGUUGUGGGUUUCUGAGUGGGGGUGGUUGAAAGAUGGGCGAACAAUUGGUGGUGAAUGUAGAUGGGUUUCAGAAGCCUACUCAGGAUAUUAAGGGUGAGAAACAUCAGCCUCAAAUUGUAGGUGGCCCUUCUUCUUCGGCCGGACCGGUGCCGGAGAAAGAUGUUGUGGUGAUGGUGGAAGGGGAGGACGAUGAGGGGGCUCCUUUAAUUGCUGGUGGAGAGUGCCGCAUUUGCCAGGAGGAGGAUGCUUUGACCAAUUUGGAGGCUCCCUGUGCUUGCAGCGGUAGUUUGAAGGUAUAUAUUUUGAAGUUGAGCAGGCAUGAAUUGUUAUGACAGGAAAGUAUGCUCACAGAAAAUGUGUUCAACACUGGUGCAACGAAAAAGGGGACAUCAUUUGCGAGAUUUGUCAUCAGUCUUAUCAGCCUGGUUAUACUGCUCCCCGGCCUAAUCCUGAAGAGACAACUAUAGAUAUUGGGGGAGGAUGGCAACUUUCUGGCACACCUUUGGAUCUGCAUGAUCCUCGUCUUUUGGCAAUUGCAGAGGCUGAACGCCAGCUUUUGGAAGCUGAGUAUGAUGAUUACAAUGCUACAAAUGCUAGUGGGGCUGCAUUCUGCCGUUCAGCUGCUCUAAUUUUAAUGGCUCUUUUGUUACUACGACAUGCAUUAACCAUUACUGAUGGUGACGGGGAGGAUGACCCCUCUACAUUCUUUUCUCUUUUCUUACUUCGAGCCGCUGGCUUCCUUUUGCCCUGCUACAUAAUGAUCUGGGCUAUUAGCAUCUUGCAGCGGCGUAGGCAGAGACAGGAGGCAGCAGCAUUGGCUGCAACUCAAUUUGCAUUUGUGGUGCAGUCUGGACAAAGCAGAGGCUUGCAUUUUGCCAUUGCAUCGGCUGGUCCCGUACCUCAGCCUGCAACAGCAUUGCCACCACAGCAGGAGCAUGCUUAG